AUGACAAAUGCCCUGCAGUUGCAUCUGGAGCCGUCAGUUCGUCGCGACACGAAUACUCCUGCGCUUCCAGUCACCGAAAUAGAAACCAGGCGCCGUCUGAUAUGGAGCUGCUUCGUCAUGGACUCAGUUCCGGACGCGUUUCAUGCCGGCCACAGGCCGAUACAUUCGGCGAUCAAUCCAUCUGGUGUUCAAGCCAGACUACCGUGCGAUGAACAUUCCUACGAGCGGGGAUUGGGUGCCAAUGGUGGCACUUUGUCUGGUGAUCCUGGUAGCGGACCCUCGAGCGCCUCUGCUUACUUGGUUCGAAUGGUAGCUCUCCGAAUGAAGAUUCUGCAUUACGCCGUAUCUUCUAUCACUCCGCAUUUUGCCAGUCAAUUUUCUUGUCUCCCGUGGGAACAGGGUUCAAAAUUCUAUGAGCUUUGCCAAGAACUCAACCAGUUCAAGACUUCUCUACCAUCUGAUUUACUCCAGCCGACUACCACCCCGAUAAAACCCGCAGGCUCCAUCAUCCUUCAUCUAACAAUGCAUGCUAUGUUCCAUGUAGCUUCCGUUGACCUUUUCCGAAUAGGCACACACUUGGCCCGCCGGCGCGGCUCUACCCCUUCACCACCUGCUCCAUUUGUUCUCAGCUGCAGGCAGUCUCGCAUUGAUCAUGCUCUUGGGAUAACCCAAGUGGUCUCUGAUUGGAUGCGCAAUCACAACUUGGAGCACGAUCCUUUCGUUGCCAUCUGUUCUUGUGUGGCAAUCAGGGUAUUGGUGGUUGAGAGAUGGGACGGCAAUAAUGAACUUGUGUCUCUCAGCUCCCAGGACGUCAAGGAUCGAUUGGAGAUGUGCCGCAGCGAGGCAUCCCAUAUGGAGACUGUCUCUCGCUCAGCGUCCCCAGGACUUGAUACGUAUGGGACACUGGGAUCCAUCCAGAAAGCCAGGACGGACCACGAUAUUGAGUCUGCUUGUGCAUCGUCUUCAAUUAUAUUUUCCCAACCCACAAAACAACCACCAUCGGGCAAGGAUACGAAAACUGUUCCGCCACCACCGUACACGGUACCUUCGAGUGAAAAUAUACCGAAUGUGUAUCUGCAAGAAAGCGAUGAUUCCCUCAGCCCCGACGCUCUCCGCAUUGUUUCGAACUGGGCAGAUGGUACUUAUGAUCUAGAGGCAUCCCAGGCGCAAUUUGACUGGGGGAAUCUUGAUUUCGGUUCGGGAUUUGGUUUGGAUGACAUUUUUGCGGGAACGGACAACAGCCUGAAUACGCCGCUACCUUGA